CUAUAGGCUCCUAUUAUCCCCCACCUUCAUCCCAAUUUUGUACACUUGCUGUCUGGUCACCCUAUUACCACGUUUAUUCUGCCAGAAACGCAUCCAGUAUGUAGUCAGCCCUCUCAUUUGUAAUGCAUGCAAUACAUUUGGGAAUAAGCCUUAGAGGUGCAUUAAUACAAUUAACAGUAAUAAAACUUUCUUUAUUGCAAAUAACAGCCUGAUUUAUUUUCAAGAGAGACAAUAUCAUAGUGGACCAUAUUCUGUUCUCAUUCACCCCCGUGCACUGACGUGAGCGGGACUGUGAGAGGGUAGAAUUUGGCCAGACACGUGAAUGACUUUCCAGCCACUAUCCGCUCAGUCUCAGCCUCAUUUCUCCUCCUCCUUUACCUUUGCUUCAGCUCCCUUACACUGUUUUCCUUUGGAAACAGUCUGUCUGCCGUGGACAAAAUGUUCAAAAUCAGGGUAAUUAUACAGAAGACCUUGAUUCUUUUGUAUGUAUCUCUGUGUGUUGCUGUUGGUAAAAUUCUGAUAAUAUUGUUCCCAGAAAUGAUGAAAAGAUAUAUUCUAAACGGGCAAAAGAGCAGCAUAGGCAUGAAUCCAAAGUUCAGCUAUGAGAACUGGGGUCCGACUUUCUUCAGCUUGAAAUAUUUACUCUUUGUUUUGAAAGUGAAGUGGAAAAGGCUGGAAGAUGAAGCGUUUUUAGGUCAUAAUGCUCCCAACACCCCAGUGGCAGACUUCAGGGGUGAAGUGCAUCACAUCUUGGACUUCAUGCAAGAUAACAGGCCUUUAGUCCUGAAUUUUGGAAGCUGCACCUGACCUUCAUUUCUUUUCAAAUUCAGCGAGUUCAACAAGCUUGUUGAAGGUUUUAAUUCCGUAGCAGAUUUCCUUAUAAUCUAUAUCGAAGAAGCUCAUGCAACAGAUGAAUGGGCUUUUAAAAACAUUAUUAAAAAUCACCGAAACCUUCAAGAUCGAAAAAAGGCUGCACAAUUUCUUUUGAAGGAGAAUCCUUUAUGCCAAGUGGUUUUAGAUACUAUGGAAAACCUGAGCAGUUCAAAAUACGCAGCACUGCCAGAAAGACUUGUGGUGCAAGGAGGAAAGGUUGUUUAUAAGGGUGGAGUGGGACCUUGGAAUUAUCAUCCAGAGGACAUAUGUGCAAUCUUGGAAAAACUAAAAUAGGUGAACAAAUCAGAAUCCCCAAGAAUAAAGUGGUCUAUCUGGAAAAAGUGGUCCCUGAACAACUUAUUCUGACCUUUUUCAAAAUAUAUUUUUACUGCAGUUUAUUUUAAAAUCAUUACAGAAAUCAGAGGUUAAAAAUAUAUACUUACCCAGAAGAAAAAGAAAAUGGGUAGACAAAGAUAUAGCAUGAGUUAUACCUUAUUCAAGAAUCAGACAUCAACAUGGUUUGAUUCAACACCAUUUGAAAUGAAUGGAAAAGCUCUCUAAGAAUGCUAGCCCAGAUAUGGAGUCAUAGAUGGUAACCAUCAACUACAGGUCAGCAUAUAGGAAAUACAAGUAAAACAAAAGAGAGAAUAAAAACGAGUACAAAAAUCAAAAGUGUUUUUAAUAGAUUUCAUCGCUACCCUGUUCAUAUACCCUUGGACCAAAAAUUUUCAUACAGUGAAACUAUUCGUCUCUAAAAAAAAAUCCUGGAUAUUAUUCCAAAUGUGUAAUGGCUUUCAUACGCCCAUUCUUAAUAGUUUAGGUAGCAUCUGAUAUAAUGAAACUUAAAUAACAGAAAAUAAAUUGUGUCUAUAUUCACUACACUUUGAUUAGCUGAAGAUUUCUUGUAAUUAAAAUAUGAACUAGUGAGUGGAAAGAAAAAUAUAUUUUAUUCCACUGAACGCACCUAUCAUUUAGUGCCCAAUCCUUCAGUUCUGAUAAAGGUAAAAUUCCCACUGACAAUGUGAGUUUUUUGCCUGCUUUAGGACUUCCAGAUUAAUCCCCUUGAGUUUUGAAACCUGUCCUGAUCAGCGAAACCUUACCAGUAAUACAUCCUGUGCAAUGGAUUCAGAUAAUGUUCAGUAUCACAGAUACAGCAACGGUACAUGUUAUAACUAGUCACUGAAGUACUUUUUGAAACUGAAAUCUAUAAAAUAAAUAUUACUAAUUAAAAGCCGUACAAAUGGCUUGGAUGAAUGUUGGAGUAGGGUAUUAGCAAACAAAAAUGAUUGCACACUGAUCCCUCUUUUAAAAAAAAGAGGCAGUUUCUAUUAUUUACCGGCAGCUUUUCUAAAUGUUCACUUGCGCACACUUCAGCAAGUUUAAUGAAUGAAACAAUUUGUAUUAAUGUACAUCAGCAUUGGUUCUAUUAAUAUUUGUUUAUGACAGUCAUAGCAUAAAGCACAGGCAGCUGUGACCUGAUUUGUGAAAAUAUUUAUAGAGGCAAUGAGCUAAAUAGAAGCAAUUAAAAUAUAUUCAACCAUC